AUGGGGAAAGUGAAACGCUUCGAAGUGCUGUUCGACAAUGGUGUAGGUGCUUUCUACGCUGGAACACAGGUGUCCGGAAAAGUGCUGCUUGAACUUAGUGACAGUAUCAAAGUUUACGGCGAAACGUCCAUCACUUCUCGGUCGGAAGUGGUUUCCAGUGGUAUUCAUGAAUUUCAGUUUUCGUUCAGCAUUCCACAAAAUAUACCGUCGUCUUUCGAAAGUGAUUUGGGCCAUGUCCGCUACUGGUGCAGAGCUUCGCUGCACAGACCAUGGACACCUGAUCAAACAGUGAAAAAGGCGUUUUCCGUCGUUGGAGUGCUGGAUUUGAACCAUGAACCGUUAGCGUUUGUAAGCGGCAGAUGUUCUCCUAAGCUGUGUUCAUUGCUUUUCAAAGCUCAACCUUCCAUUUACAUCGUAGAGAGCGAACAAGGUCCCAAAUAUUGA